AUGGAGGCCUCCUCGCUGGAGAGGCAGCGUCCUCGCGUGGCCGCCUGCCUCGCUCACAGCCUGUGCCCCGGGGAGCCGGGCUUGCAGACGACAGCAGUGGUGUCCAUGGCCUCUGCGGACCCUCAGUUCAGCCUCGCAGAGAUCCUGUCACAGAACUACGGCCUCCAGGAGGAGUGCACGGAGGCCACGAGCAGCCCGGAGAAGCAGGAGGAGGAGCUGGAGAAGGAUUUCAUCUCCCAGAGCAGCGACAUGCCACUCGACGAGCUGCUCGCCCUCUAUGGCUACGAGGCGUCCGACCCCAUCUCGGAGCAGGAGAGCGAGGGCAGCGACGCCACAGCCCACCUCCCGGACAUGACCCUGGACAAGGAACAGAUAGCAAAGGAUCUGCUCUCAGGGGAGGAAGAGGAAGAGACACAGUCCUCAGCUGAUGACCUCACCCCGUCCGUGACCUCCCACGAGGCCUCCGACCUUUUCCCUGAGCAGAGUGGACCCUGCUUUCUGGCCGAUGCAGACAAAGAGCCCGGCUCCUCUGCCUCGUCCGACACCGAGGAGGACCCUCUUCCCGCCAACAAAUGUAAGAAGGAGAUCAUGGUUGGGCCUCAGUUCCAAGCCGACCUUAGCAACCUGCACUCGAACCGCCAUGGAGAGAAGAUGUAUGAGAAUGAAGACCAGCUGCUCUGGGCCCCCAGUGUCCUCCCCGAGAGGGAGGUGGAGGAGUUCCUGUACCGGGCAGUGACGCGCAGGUGGCACGAGGUGGCUGGGUCUCAGCUCCCAGAGGGCGAAACCGUGAAGGACAGUGAGCAGGCUCUGUAUGAGUUGGUGAAAUGCAAUUUCAACAUCGAGGAGGCUCUCCGGAGGCUGCGGUUCAAUGUGAAGGUGAUCCGAGACGGGUUCUGUGCGUGGAGCGAGGAGGAGUGCAGGAACUUUGAGCAUGGCUUCCGAGUGCACGGGAAGAACUUCCACCUGAUCCAGGCCAACAAAGUGCGCACGCGGUCUGUGGGCGAGUGUGUGGAGUACUACUACCUGUGGAAGAAGUCAGAGCGCUACGACUACUUCUCCCAGCAGACGCGGCUGGGCCGCAGGAAGUACGGCCCGUCCGGAGCCACUGACGCAGAGCAGGACCUGGACAGCAGUGACCCCGAUGGCCCCGGCCGCCCCCACUCCUCACCGCCCCUGCCCCCUGCCGCCGCCGGCCUGGGCCCCGAGCAGGACCCCCUGGCACGGAUGCACACCGAGCCGCCGAGCGUGGACGGUGCAGCCGGCAGCCUCGCUGAGCCCGAGGAGGGCUCCGACAGCCUCCCGUCCUCAGAGCCUGGGCCCUGUCCCUUCGAGCCAUUGGACGCGCCCCUGGAGGUGCCCCUGCCCCGGCGGCCCCCCCGUCUGGCCGAGCCGGCCUUCUGCCCCCCCGCCGCUGCCGCCCUGGAGCCGGGCGCCAGCCCGAGGCUGGCUGUAGACUUGGCCCUGCCCGGGGCCCUCCCCGAGGAGCUGCCCCUCAGCUCCAGCCACACGGAUGUGGACGGAGAGCCCGAGGAGGCUGUGGCCCCCGCACAGGUGGCCUUGUCGGUCACCGAGUUUGGACUCAUCGGCAUCGGGGACGUGAAUCCCUUCCUGGCUGCCCACCCAGCGUGCCCGGCCCCUGGGCUGCACUCGGAGCCCCUGUCACACUGUAACGUGAUGACCUGUUGAUCGCUGGCUGCAGGUGGGCGUGUGUGGCCCGGACUGGACUUGGGGCCACCGCGGGGCCUGCCUCUGUCCGUCUUCCCCACCUUCCUCCUCCUCGUGGGCCGCGGGUACCGCCUUCUCUGCUCAGAGCUCUGCAAGGACCGGGGUGACCGGUGGCCGGGCCGCCCGCCCCAUCCCUCCCCACACAGACGGCACCCUCAGCGCC